AGUACUUCACUCAGUUGGCAUCAAAGAAGCGGACAUCACAGAACUGUGCGGAGACUACGGAGUAAUGUUCGUGGACUUGUAGAACAAGUGACGUCCUGUGUUAUACCCAAAUAACGAAAAGAAUGACAUCCUAUAAGCUAACAUUGUCUGAGCCGGUGAUCCGAGACCGGCAGUUCACCAAACCGCUGAUGUGUGGCCCGGGCCCCUGCGAUGUUUGGCCAUCCGUCGCCGAAGCCCUAACCAGGCCCGUCAUAUCGCCGAUAUGCGAUGAAUACUUUAACGUGAUGGACGACAUUCGCGCGGGCAUUCAAUAUUUAUUCCAAACACGAAGCCCCCUGGUGCUCGCCAUCAGCGGUUCAGGCCACACCGGUAUGGAGACCAUCAUCAGCAACCUCCUCGCCCCUGGCGAGCUGUUGCUUGUCCCCAACAGGAGUAUAUGGGACGAACGAGCUACUAAAAUGGCCAGUAGAUAUGGUAUUAAAGUGGAGACAAUUGAGACUUCAGUACCGUUUACAACUUUUUCAUUGGAAGACAUAGAGUCAGCAUUGAAGAAACACCGUCCAGCUGGGAUGUUCAUCACACACGGGGACUCUUCGACGGGCACCGUCCAAAGUUUGGAGGGUCUCGGCAAGCUCUGCCAUAAAUAUGGAACUCUGCUGCUAGUCGACACCGUGGUGUCUCUUGGUGCAGUUCCGUUCUUCAUGGACGAGUGGGGCGUAGACGGCGUCUACACUUCAGGCCAGAAAGCGUUAAGCGGGCCUGCUGGCAUAUCACCUGUAGCUUUCAGCGCCCGAGCAGAAGCAAAGAUAAACAACAGGAAGCACGAGCCACCGUUUUACUUCGACAUGAAGUUAUUGGCUCAGCAAUGGAACUGUUAUGACAAGAUCCGUGUCUACCAUCACACAUUAAGUCCACCACUUGUGUGGGCGCUCCGUCGUUGCUUGGAAGAAGUCAUCAGCGAAACUCUUCCCAAAUCCUGGGCCCGCCAUGCAGCAGUCACCGCGCGCUUCCACAAACGUCUGCAGGACUACGGAUUCCAGUUCCUCAUCAAGAAACACGAGGAUCGACUGGUCACCGUCACCACCAUUGCAUUGCCGAGGGGAUACGAUUUAAAGCAGUUCGUGGAUCACAUGAGAGCCAAGCACAAUAUCAUGAUAAUGGCAGGGCUGGGACCUACCGUCGGCAAAGCUUUGAGGAUCGGCAUCAUGGGAGUUAACUCUACUAUGGAAGUGGCGGACCAGGUCGCGGACGCGAUGGCAGAAACCAUGCGAGCUUUGACCAAAUCAUCACUUUGAGUUCCAUUUAUUUUGUAGUUUAUCUUGCUGCGCAUAGCGGGAUUAGAACCCGUGACUUUCAGUCACAUCGAGAUUCGUCGCUCUUAUUUUAUUUUAUUCAGUCACAGUUAUUUUAUUCUUGUUUAAUAUGCUAUAAGGAGGUUCUCACCGACAUCUACCGCAAGAACGCUUAAACUUCUUGACGUUUACGCGUCGUUUUUUUUAUUUUUUCGUCAGUUCUUUAUUGACUACCUAUGAAUAGAAUGAUCUCUUCUAUUUACUACUAGGAACUAGUAGUACCUCACGAUUUUCAUGUAAGUACAUAUGUAUUAGGUACAUAUUUCAGGGAGUUACUAAAAUAUACCUAUGGGUCUUUACGCAAAGGUUUAGAAAUAUUUCUUACAGUUUACUUAUUUAACCCUUUACCGGAUACGAAGCCAUAUACGUCGGAUAUGAUAUUCAACUUGAUAGCUAUUAAAGUUCAAAUUUAAACAAAUAUGUUUAUUGCAUGCAGUAAGGGGUUAAGUUUAUAUUAUCAAAGCACUUUAUGUACAACAAUUAUUUAUGUCGUAGUUUUUUAAGGUACCUAUUAGCAGAGUAGAUCGAAACGUAAUUAAAACCAAGUUGACUGUUGUGUUCACAGGUAAUUUUAUUUCUUUAACCGUACUGUUUACAAACUAUUGAUCGAGUUUAAACAACUCACGAUAUGCAAAUUUAGGAAGACAUUAAAUUAAACAUGUCAAAGGUAUAAUAACGAAAUGGUUGAUCAAAAUUUGGUUCAGUUUUGAAGUCCUCUCCGUAUGCGCAUACUCGCCAUCAGAUGUAUUGGAGCGGCCAAAGUGGUCAUCAAUAAAGUGCAUACUACGAUAUAUAUUUUUGAGCACUUUGGCCAUUCUAAUAUAUUUAAUGGCAACUGUACAUACUUACAUAUAACAGAAACAUAUUGGCAACACGACACAUGGAGGACCGUGUGGCUAUAAUAGUAUUACCUACGUCAUUCGCCAUUCAAUAGAUGACAUAGAUAAUUAUAAUAAUUGUUAAAUAAUAAAACAUUGCAGUACAAGCGAAUUCAUAGUAUCCUUUAUGGCCAUUAGUUUAUGUUAUUCGCAAGCCAUAGUGCUACUUUCAUAUUGUUAGAUUAAACAUUAAAUCAAGAGAACUC